UGGUUGUCAUUUAAACGGAGCAGCGCAGUGGUGGCCGUGGCCGUGGCUGUGGCUGCGGGCCUGUGGCUGUGGUUUCCUCCGUAAGUUUGUGAAAAUUUUAUUGGUAUUUGGUGUUUUUCCUCCAUAUAUCCACUCUUUGGUGCAAGGGUACGGAUUGUGUACGCGGGAGAUUAGACGUGCGUAAGGGUUUAGAAGAAAGACAUGGCAGAGGAGAAGCCAAAAUCCAGUGGUGUGUGGCCCACCGUCAAGCCUUUCGUCAAUGGCGGAGCCUCCGGCAUGCUGGCUACCUGCGUCAUCCAGCCCAUUGACAUGAUCAAGGUGAGAAUUCAGUUGGGUCAGGGAUCAGCAGGCCAGGUGACGAGGAGCAUGCUAAAAAAUGAGGGCAUUGGUGCCUUUUACAAGGGACUCUCUGCAGGGUUGCUUAGACAAGCUACUUAUACGACUGCCCGACUUGGAUCUUUUAAGAUUUUGACAAGCAAGGCAGUUGAGGCCAAUGAUGGGAAGCCCUUACCUCUGUAUCAGAAGGCUUUGUGUGGGCUAACUGCUGGAGCAAUUGGAGCAUGUGUUGGAAGUCCUGCAGAUUUGGCUCUCAUUCGGAUGCAGGCAGAUGCUACUUUGCCUGCAGCACAACGCCGGAACUACACAAAUGCAUUCCAUGCCCUCUAUCGGAUUGUUGCAGAUGAAGGAGUUUUGGCACUUUGGAAAGGUGCAGGGCCAACUGUAGUCCGAGCGAUGGCACUCAAUAUGGGAAUGCUUGCUUCAUAUGACCAAAGUGUGGAGUUCUUCAGGGAUUCUCUUGGUUUUGGUGAAGCUGCUACUAUUCUAGGGGCCAGCACAGUUUCAGGCUUCUUUGCAUCAGCCUGCAGUUUACCCUUUGAUUAUGUGAAAACGCAAAUACAGAAGAUGCAACCUGACGCGGAAGGGAAAUACCCUUACACAGGUUCUUUGGAUUGUGCCACGAAAACCCUAAAAUCUGGAGGACCCUUCAAGUUCUAUACAGGAUUUCCAGUAUAUUGUGUUAGAAUUGCCCCACAUGUCAUGAUGACAUGGAUAUUCCUGAACCAAAUCCAGAAGGUGGAGAAGUCUAUUGGAUUGUAGAGUUGUUUCUUCAGAUAUCUACGGGCGUCUCAGUUGGGAUGGGAGUCGUUUAUCCUUUGGGUGGUGGUUGGUUGUAUUGUAUUUUUCUUGGUAGGUUUGGUUCAAACCCUCAAAAGUCAAACCAUUGCUUCAGAAAUAUAUAUAUAUGGGGUGAACUAAUACAAGAAUUAUUGUAUUACAUCUCAACUCAACUGUGGGAUUUCUUGAAUAGGAUUUUCCAUGAUUUUUAUUUA